AUGAAAUUUGUAGAGUCUAGUAAUAGUAAUAAUAAUAAUGUUAGUACUACUUUAACCGAUAUUGAAAAUACUUAUUCGGAGCAACAAAAAGAGUUGGAGGUAGAAGAAUAUACCUCCAAUUUGAAAUCUUUUUCAAAAAUUUAGAAAAUUUAGGAUAUUAUUCCAUUUAUCUUAUCUGCCUAUCUUGCAUCAUAAUUCAAGAAAUACUUGUUUUUUCGAAAAAACUUAAAGCUUUUUGUUAAAUAUUGUUUCAAGUACAAUUAAAUACUCCUUAAAUAAUCGCUUUAAGAUAAGUUGAAUUCUGAAAUUCUCUUAUAAAAGUCUUUGGAUUAAAUAUUAGAUGAGUAUUCUUAAAAAUCAUGUUGCAUAUCUUAAGAACUAAUUUGCAUAGUCAAGCAUUAUUUGCUAUAAAACAAUUAAUUUCAAACCAUUUAAAUAAGGAAAUAGGGAUAUCUCUUACUAUCAGGCGCAUUAUGCAUGAUGAAUGAAAACCCAAAUUACUACGAAUAACUUUAAAUGCAUCCUAGUUCUUUCAAAUAUACACAAAGGGCUAAACAAAUGAUUAGAGAAUAAAUUAUUAGUCUUGAAACAAAAACUAACUCAGAUGAUUUAUCUAAAAUAAAUGAGAAUAGUCAAAAUAGUUCUUAACAAAACUCUCCAGAGACGCUUCUUGUUGAUUGCCUUUCUGAUUUAAACGAAGUUUAGUCCUUCUAUUCUUUCUAUGAAAAAAUAACUUCAGCUUAUCUUGUUAGAAAUCCAUAUAUUCAAUUGACAAAAUGCUAAUUGUUUAUAUUAAAAGAAUUAUAUAAGCUAAAUUACUCAGAAAACGAAGCUUUCUGGAUUUUUGUUCAAAUAAUAGAAACAAUCUUACCUAUCGACUACUUUUCCACAUUAGGAAUAGGUUUAUUGUGCCAUUUUUAAACUUCAUUGAAUAUUUCCAAGUAUCUCUAUCCUAAAUUCUAUCAACAAAUAAAUGUAACCUCAAUAGACAUUAAUGCACUCAUCAUUACUUCACUCUCAACAUUAUAUUCAAACAUCUUAUCAGGAGGCAUUCUUUACUUAGCUUGGGAUUAUAUCUUUGCAUUUGGAAGCAAAGCUCUUUUUUAGAUUCUCUUAGUCCUUUUUCAAUAUUUAUCAGAAUAAUUUUCUAAAGUAGAUUGCUCAAUAUAAGAAACAAAAGAUGUGGAGAAUUAUUUUAAAGAAUUGCAAGAUUUAGAAGAUUUUUAAAGAAGGAUGAAUUAAGUUGAGAUUGAUGACUAAUUGUUAAAUAUAAUAAAUAACGUUUACAAGUAUGAAUAUGAGCAGUUAACUAAAAAAUUUGAAGUUUUAUAUGAUAAUAAUUAGUAAACAAGUAUCAGUUCUACUGAAAAGGAAGAUUGCAACUUUAUUAAUUUUAAAGAAAUAGAUCAAUAGCUUAAAUAGGAAAACUACGAAGUCUUAAUCUUAAAACAGAAAGAGGAUAUAAAAAUAUAAACUUAUUCACACUUUAAAUUAAGUGAUGAAGAAAUUAGCAGGUUACUAAUAAAACAAUAAUAAGAAUAAGGAAGAGCUUAAACUGCUAAUUAUAAUGACAUUCUGUACAGAUUCUAAUUCGAAAUAGAAAAAGAAGAUAAUUAUCUUUACUUAAAAAAAAAUAACUGCAGCUCAUUUUUAAAAAAUAAUAUUUAGUAAAUAUAAGAUGAUCUGCUUAUUUCAAGAUAAAAAAGUUUAAGUCCUCUUUUAGAAAUCAAAAAUUCUAAAUAGCUUGAUUAAAUUUAUGAAAAUGAGUUUUCAAAUUUAGAUUUAUUUGAGCAUUAUAAAGAAGAUUAAAACUCUAAUUUACUCUAUAAGUUAAUAUGUGAGCAUUCAGAUUCCAUUUAUAAAAAGCGCAAACAAACAAAAAUAAAAAAAUUGUAUUCAAUUUCUGAAUACUUAUUUGACGAUUUGCUAGUCAAUAAACAUUUCUUUAACUUUCUUUAUUCUUAAAAUGUAGAAAGUUCCUCAAUAAAAAAUUUUAUUUGA